GAUCUGGUACCAGAGCUUCUCCUCCCUCCCUCCUUCUGCUUUUCCUCCUCCUUCUUCUCCUCCCUCCUCCUCCUUAUCCCUCCUUCUUCUUUUCCCCUCCUCCUUCAUCUCCCUCUGCAGGAGACACUCAGACCCUGAAAGUUGCUGCCCCUGGUUGCUCCUUCGGGGUCUCUGCACUGUCCCUAGUCCUUGGGCUUUCUGCAGCCGCCGCUCCAGCGACUUCUUCCUCCCGCGCCUCAGCCGUCGUCUCCUUCGCCACCGUCGUUGGUGCCUCUGCCGGGGCGCCCUCCAUCCAUGACGAUGCUACUGGACGGAGGACCUCAAUUCCCCUCGCUGGGAGUCGGGGGCUUCGGAGCCCCGCGCCACCAUGAGAUGUCUAACCGGGAGGCGGCAGGGAUGGGGCUCAGUCCUUUCGGGGACGCUUCGCAUGCCGCGGCCGCCGCCUUCAAGCUGAGCCCAGCAGCGGCGCACGACCUGUCCUCGGGCCAGAGUUCGGCGUUCACUCCGCAGGGCUCGGGCUAUGCCAACGCCCUGGGUCCCCCACCAUCAUCACCAUCACCACAUCAUCAUCACGCCGGCCAGGUGCCCUCGUACGGGGGAGCCGCGGCCGCCUUCAACUCCACGCGCGACUUUCUGUUCCGCCAGCGAGGCUCGGGCCUCGGGGAGGCGAGUUCCGGGGGCGGCCAGCAUGGGCUGUUCGCUGGCUCGCCGGGGAGCCUGCACGGACCCCCGGGCAUCGCAGAGCCACCGGGCUACUUGCUCUUCCCCGGGCUGCCCGAGCAGAGUCCGAGUCACCCAUCGCCCACGGCCCACGUGGACAACAACCAGGUGCACUUGGGGCUGCGAGGAGAGCUGUUCGGCCGUCCUGACCCUUACCGCGCAGUGGGCAGUCCUCGUACCGACCCGUACGCCGCAGGCGCCCAGUUCCACAACUACCCCCCGAUGAACGUGAACAUGGGCAUGAACGUGGCGGCCGCGGCCGCGGCGCACCACGGCCCGGGCGCCUUCUUCCGCUACAUGCGCCAGCCCAUCAAGCAGGAGCUGGCGUGCAAAUGGCUCGAGGAGGCACAGUUGGGCCGGCCCAAGAAGAGCUGCGACCGGACCUUCAGCACCAUGCACGAGCUGGUGACGCACGUCACCAUGGAGCAUGUGGGGGGGCCGGAGCAGAACAACCACAUCUGCUACUGGGAGGAGUGCCCUCGGGAGGGCAAGUCCUUCAAAGCGAAAUACAAACUAGUCAACCACAUCCGCGUGCACACAGGCGAGAAGCCCUUUCCCUGCCCCUUCCCGGGCUGCGGCAAGAUCUUCGCCCGCUCCGAGAAUCUCAAGAUUCACAAAAGGACACACACAGGUGAGAAACCCUUUAAAUGUGAAUUUGAAGGCUGUGAUAGACGCUUUGCAAACAGUAGUGACAGGAAGAAGCACAUGCAUGUGCAUACAUCCGACAAGCCCUAUAUCUGUAAAGUGUGUGACAAGUCUUAUACACACCCCAGCUCUCUUAGGAAACACAUGAAGGUUCAUGAAUCUCAAGGGUCAGAUUCCUCCCCUGCUGCCAGUUCAGGCUAUGAAUCUGCCACACCACCCGCUAUAGCCUCUGCAAACAGUAAAGAGUCCGCUAAAACCCCUCCUUCCGCAGUUCAGACUAGCACCAGCCACAACCCGGGACUUCCUCCCAAUUUUAACGAAUGGUACGUCUGAGGACAAAAGCAAACACCAAAAACCCCAUUAACUAUAGGACGGACCAAAUGCGUUUAAAAAAAAAAAGAAAGAAAGAAAAAAGAAAACUGAGACCAAUCCAGACGGAAAUGGAGUUUUUUACGCAAGCAACCGUCUAGGGCUACAUCUUGUUAAUUGCAAUUAUCCAGGAAGGUCUUUGGCAAGGUCUGGCAAGAUCUCUGAGGUAACCCUGCCCUUUUCUCAGGAUUAGAAAACAUGUUUUGGCGUUCUAAUGAAUUUCGUUUAUUUUCUAAAUUUCCCCCUCCACUCAACUCAACCCCCCAAAUCCUGCCGAAUUGAUGCCUUCAUUUUAACACCCUGGCCCUGUUUUUUCUUGAGAGGAAGUUAAAAAAAAAGGCCUUUCGAUGGUGUGAUGUUAAAAUGAUGGGAAUCUUUCUCCGGCUGGGUGGUGAUUGUUUAAACUCUUGCAGUCUUAAACCGUGCCAAAGUCCUGCUAUGUCUUGAACUUUAUUUCUCAAAGCAUUACACUUGUGAAUGUAUUCUUGUCUAAUGGGGUCGACACUGUUGAGUGUUUUUUUUUCAGGAUGAGGCUGUGGUGUUGCUCUACACAGAUGGUGACCGUCUAGUAUGAAGUAGCAUUCUGUAAUAACUUUUUCUUUCUUGUAAAUACGUACCCAUGAUGCCAAUAUUUAUCGUUUGUAAUUUAAUUAUUGAUACAAGUGCCGGGAACUGAACAAUAUUUAUGGGGGAAAAUGUUUUCUAACAAACUCUGUACAGCUUUGGAUUAUAACUGCUUUAGCAUUAAAAGUCUGAUUGUUUGGAAAGAAGAGCACAAUUUACAGUUUUGGAACCACUGACUCCUUUUUCUCUCUUUAUUAUUAUUAUUAUAAUUGGUUUUUUUUUGUAACAGCAUCCCCCCUCCCCUACAUUGGGGACGUGAACUAUAAAUCCGGUUUGGUGGGAUUGGGGGAAAAAAAACUAAUGCAGAUUCCUUUUUUUAUUUUUAAAUUGUGGAAUUUUUUUUUCUAUCACAAUGUAGGUUACUUACAGUGUCAGUUUCAAUCUGGGAAGACCCUCCUUUUUCUUCUUUAGCUCAUAUGAGUGUUUUACUGCAAGUUUAAUAUGUUUGCCCUGGAUUUUCGGCAUGCAAAUCAAAUAUUACUAAUCAGUUCUGUUAGUGACCAUGACAUCUCAAUCUUGCACUUCAAAGACUGAGAAGCUGGAUUUAAAUGUCCCUGCACUGCCUAUGUAAACAGAAGGUAACAAUGAGUUUUAUGUCCCUUAGUUUCUUUCCCUUGCAUUAAAGAUGGAACAUUGCAGUGUUAUGCAUGUAUAUAUGUCUAUUCUAUAUAGAGAUACAGGCAUAUGCCUAUAUAUGUCUGUAUCUAUAUAUACACAUAUAUAUGUAUUUUCAAGAAGCUAGCAUAAGUUUGAAACAGUUUGGUGGUGAGUAAAAAGGCCAGUUCGAUGUGUUUACUUUUGCUUAAAGUGCUUCUUAAGAGAACCUUAGUGUAUUGGAAUUCUGAUGGCUAAGGUGGAUUUGUUUUGCUGUAUAUAUAGUUCAAUAACCAGCUAUCACUCAUAACUGUGUUGCUAAUAGCCAAUAUGAUGAUGAUUGCAGCAGCUCUGUAGAGACAUUAUGGAAAGACAAAAAAAACAUUUGCAAAAAAAUAUGUAUUUUUAAACCUCAUGAUUUGUAGGCAAAGAU